CCCAGACUCGUUCACUAAAACCACUUCUAGCCACUGUUCCAACUCUAAUUUUUAAGCAAGAUGCGAUUCAUUUUGCACCCAAAAGUACAAUAUAUAUUAUGAGAAAAAUACUGUUUCAUAUGUUACCAUUCAAUAGUUUUGAAUGUGAGCGAUUUUGUUGAGCUCAAUGCACAUGCAAGACUCCAAUUUCAGUUUCACUUUGCAAACGAAUCAGGAAACAAAAGCAGCAUACAGUAUACGACCAUACGAACCUGUGAAGUUUAUGACCAUGUUUGCUCAUAAAGUGUAAACAGUCGAAGGUGUAAUGAUCAGUGAUUAUGGAAAACCGACAAGAUGAGAAUGCUGUAAACCACUCGACCACCCUGACGAAUAAACAACGUGGAAAUGAGGUCACAGUCCGACCGGCAACUUUAGACAACUUGUCAAUUCAUCAGCUAGCAGCCCAUGGGGAGAUUUCACAACUGGAAGUACAUUUAUCCAAAGACAGCUCUCUACUUAACACUCAAGAUGAGCGAGGUUUCACACCACUAAUGUGGGCUGCUGCAUUUGGAGAGAUAAUGAUGGUGGAGUUCCUCCUUCAGAAGGGAGCAGAUCCAAAAACACUCGCUCGGGAACGAGAAAGUGCCUUGUCUUUGGCCAGCGCGGGAGGAUUUGCAGAUAUUGUUAAUGUUCUCCUACAACAUGGUGUUGAUAUUGAUUCCUAUGACUGGAAUGGUGGGACCCCUCUUCUGUAUGCAGUUCGUGGGAAUCACAUAAAAUGUGUUGAAGCUCUCUUAAUAAGUGGGGCAGAUAUCACAUUUGAAGCAGACUCUGGCUACAGUCCUGUUGCUCUUGCUGUUGCACUAGGCCACAAAAAAGUGCAAAAACUGCUUGAAGAUCACAUUUUGAAGCUGUUUCGGGGACCAGGUUCGGUGUCUGAAAACACAUGAAGAAGUGGACUUCUCUUACAAGACGUUACAAUAAUCUUGUAUACAACAUUAUAUUUUUAUUUUGACAUGGAAGAUGUUAAGAACAAUCUGCUUUUGUAUCUUUUUUUAAUAAAAACACUUUU